CCUCCGCCCUCGCCCUUCCCUCCGCGCACUCGCUCCCCGGCAGCGCUGAGGUGCGGGGCCGCCGCCGAUCCUCGCUGUCAUGGCCGCGGUGACGAGGGGCACGGCCACGCGCCGCAGCCGGCUGAAGCGCUCGGACGGCAGCACCACCUCCACCAGCUUCAUCCUGCGGCAGGGCUCAGCAGAUUCGUACACAAGCAGACCCUCAGACUCUGAUGUGUCUUUGGAAGAGGACAGGGAAGCAAUCCGCCAGGAGAGAGAGCAGCAAGCGGCGAUACAGCUCGAAAGGGCAAAGUCCAAACCAGUAGCGUUUGCUGUUAAGACCAAUGUGAGUUACUGUGGAGCUCUGGAUGAAGAUGUCCCUGUCCCAAGCACUGCCAUCUCUUUUGAUGCUAAGGACUUCCUACACAUUAAAGAGAAAUACAAUAAUGACUGGUGGAUAGGGAGGCUGGUGAAGGAGGGCUGCGAGAUCGGUUUCAUUCCAAGCCCGCUUAGACUGGAGAAUAUCCGCAUUCAGCAGGAGCAGAAGAGAGGACGUUUCCAUGGAGGGAAAUCAAGUGGAAAUUCUUCUUCAAGUCUUGGAGAAAUGGUUUCUGGCACGUUUCGAGCCACUCCCACUUCCGCGGCAAAACAGAAACAAAAAGUGACAGAACACAUUCCCCCGUACGACGUGGUGCCGUCAAUGAGGCCCGUUGUUUUAGUGGGGCCAUCACUGAAAGGCUACGAGGUGACAGACAUGAUGCAGAAAGCUCUCUUUGACUUCCUGAAGCACAGGUUUGAUGGGAGGAUAUCAAUAACCCGAGUGACGGCUGACAUUUCUCUUGCUAAGAGGUCUGUUCUGAAUAACCCAAGCAAGAGGGCAAUAAUUGAGCGGUCAAACACACGAUCCAGUUUAGCUGAAGUGCAGAGUGAGAUUGAAAGGAUCUUUGAGCUGGCCCGGUCCUUGCAGCUGGUUGUCCUGGAUGCAGACACUAUCAACCACCCCGCACAGCUUAUCAAGACAUCUCUAGCACCAAUUAUUGUCCAUGUUAAAGUGUCUUCUCCAAAGGUUUUGCAGCGACUGAUUAAAUCUAGAGGAAAGUCACAAAGUAAACACUUGAAUGUUCAGUUGGUGGCAGCUGAUAAACUUGCACAAUGCCCACCAGAAAUGUUUGAUGUAAUUUUGGAUGAAAACCAGCUCGAAGACGCUUGCGAACACUUGGCAGAAUACCUUGAGGCGUACUGGCGUGCUACGCACACCACCAGUAGCACACCCAUGACUCCUCUUCUUGGGCGAAACUUAGGAUCCACUGCACUGUCACCAUACCCUGCUGCGAUCUCUGGACUGCAGAGCCAGCGUAUGAGGCACAGCAGCCAUUCUACAGAGAACUCUCCCAUUGAGCGACGAAGUCUCAUGACCUCAGAUGAAAAUUACCACAACGAAAGGGCUCGGAAGAGCAGGAACCGCUUGUCUUCCAGUUCCCAACACAGCCGAGAUCACUAUCCUCUAGUGGAAGAAGAGUACUCUGACUCAUACCAGGACACUUACAAACCCCAUAGGAACCGAGGAUCCCCCGGAGGAUAUAGCCAUGAUUCACGACACAGGCUUUGAGUUCAAGAACCUGGGGAAAAAUAGUAUUCAUCAGUUGAUAACUUGCCAUAACGUAGCUAGGAAAAACAAUUCACCUUAAUUUGGCAGAUGUAAUGCGGUUUUACUGAGGUUACAGUCUGCUGUCAUUUGAUGUUAAGUAGGGGACAAAAGAGUUACCAUGCCCUUACGUUUAUGCCCUGUCAUAUAGAUUGUGUUUUGUUUUUUUUUUAGUACAGCAUUUACAUUUAUAGCCAUACCUUUUCUUGUCAUUAGAUAUUAGGCACAUCAGUUUGUAAUUUAGGGUACUUAUCAAGGCACUUAUAAAAUAAUUUCCUGUGCUGGAAAUUCCAAAUGACCAGUUCCAGUUGGAACCAAUUUAUAAACCAAUUCCUGUUGGAAUUUGGGUGAAUUGACUGGAAAGUCAACUUGAGCAUGUUGCAAUCAAGUGAAAAAGAUAAAAAUGAAGAAUCUGAAAAUUAGAAACCAGUAGAAGCCGGAAAGUCAGCUACAGUAUUUGUUUGCUGGAAGCUCAAUUUACAUUUACAGCUAGAAUGAAAGCAUUUUAUCCUAACUACUUACUUCCAGAAUGGCUUUUUCAGACAAACCAAAUGUAAACUAUUGAGAGUGCCAAAAUCACAAAUUAUUGCAGCCGUUACAGAAUACUUUCCAGUUUGAAAUUAUUUUUAGACCUGGCAUGAAUGUUGCAGCAAAAUGAUUUCUUUAGUUUAGCCAGUACUGACAUUUGUGUUGGGGUCAGCAGUGAUGAGCUAUGACACAGUGAGGGGAAACAGGAAAAUGAACAAACUUCAGGACAGUUUGUGUGGUUAGAGGUUGAGAAUAGUCUUUUUUUUCUCUCUCUCUCGUUUACCUGAAUACAGCUAGUAGUCCCAAAAUGUAGUAGUACCAAAACUGGUACCGAGAUACAUAAUAUUUUUUUUCUCCCAUUUAGAGUAUUCUGCCUUUUUAAAUGGAAAAUGAUACGCUUUUCUUACCCAGUGUGUAGAGAACCUACAUUCCAGUAGAUCUGAGUACCUGUAUGUUGCAACCUUCGAAAUCCGUCUCUGAAUGUCUGAAAAUUGCAGCAUCGCACAAGAGUUCUCCAGAAGAACAUCAGUUCCAAUUCCACUAAUGAAAUCUGAGGAAAGGGGACGGGGUUAAAAUCCGUAAAUGAUGAAAAGUGGAAAUAAUACAUUCAUCAGAAUUAGCAUGCAAUAAAAAUGGAGUAUCAGAAAAUAAUUGCUCACAUGUAGAGCUGACAUUUUUAAUUCAAAGAACUACGAUAAAUCCUUGGAGAUAUUGCUGCCUUAUUUCCUAUUGAUCACUUCUUUUCACCCGUUGAGUCUUCAGUUUUUUUUUAAAUAGGUCAGUUUUUGUGAGUAGGCCUUCUGUCUUACAUUAUCAGUGAAGCCUUAGAUCCAACACGACUGAAAAAAUUAACGUAAUUGACAAUUUUGUACAACACACCAACGUCUGUAAGCAGAGACUCCUGAAGUUCCACACCGCAUGCAUUUUCUAAAAUUGACAGAACUAUGCUGAACCUGCAUUUUUUAUGCAGGUUCAUGUCAAAAGUUUUUUUCAAAAAUGAGGAUCGUUGACUUUUGUAUCUGUGUAUCUUCCCCAAAGUGGGCUUUAAGAGCAUGUAGCACGAAGAGAAUUUCCUCAUUAUUAUAGUUUCUUCCACUUUCUGGACCAAUUAGCAAAGAUCACUGGUAUGUUCCACCACCACUGAGUCUGGUUAUCUUCUUGAUGUUAAAAAUGAGAAAAGUAAUUCAUCUCCUAUCUGGUACAGCCAAAAAUGACGUACAUCUCUAGCGGCAUUAGAAGAUCGUGGAUGCAUGACUGAUUUGUUAAACAGUUCUACUGCCUCAAAGGCAACCUUAAGCAUUACUAGGUGAUUCAAGUGGGCCCAUUACCAAGAAAAAUAAAUAAAUACCUGCAUCCAUUGGAGUAACAAGAGUUAAGAAUGGAUAUGACAGACCUGAUCCUGUUUGAUUUUCUCCAGCUGAAUGCCCACAGAUUCCAAAAGUGCAUUUAGGUUGAGAAAGCACAGCAAGAUCUGGUCUGGGAAUGGUAGCUACAGCUGCCUUCUCUAAUAUUUUCUGCUAUAGCACAGUGGAGCAUUCUCCAGUAGUUUUUACGAAUCUUUGUUACAUGUACAGCACACAUACCUGCAUGAGAAAGAAGGCAUUAGGCAAAACAUAUUUUCUAUAAGCUUUAAUAAGUUUCUUGUUUGUGUGCAUUAAAGUAUUAAUUGCAAAGGAUGCACUGAGAUGUAUAAAGCUAGACUAGACAGCUGUUUAUCUUUAUUCUGUAGUAGCAUUAGGGAUCCGAUCAUUUAACUGCUUGAAGAUAUUUGCAUUUUAAUGGCAGGUAGCUGUGAAGCACCUGCAUAUAUUUUCUAGUAAACAAGGUUACUGCUUUAUCAUUUCCUAGACUAAAAUGUCAUUUAUUUCUAGAGCCUUUUGGAGCCUUGUUUUUAAGUCUUCCAUGUCAUGCUACUAAAGGGAAAGAAAGACACAACGCAUAGGCAUAAAUUCCAUCACCUGCAGCAUCCGAAGUGCCAAAACUACUUUCUUUGCUCUAAUAGAAACAAGCUUGCGAGGGACAUCAUGUAUUGUCUUGAAAGAACCCCACUGAGAUCCUUUAUUCUAUGAGUUUAAGUUUACUAUUGUGUGUAAUUAAUUUACCCUCUUCGCUCCCAUUGCCCACUCCAUUUUAAAUAUAAGAAAUGAGUUAGAAAAGAUCCAGCAGAUCUCAUUGCUCGGUGUUUUGUUUUUUUUCUUUGAAGAUAGGUAUAUCCUUAAGCAUAAAUAUACUGAACGUGCUAGUAGAUUAUUAAUUUAUUCUAGAUACGAGCUACUGGAACUCUUUCAUUUUACAGAAUCAAUUAUUUUUAGGAAACACGGUAAUCAGUAAAAGCUGCAAUGUUGAUCAGGACAUGUUAACUCAUAGUAUUUGUAUUAGAACCUCAGCAAUGCUAGCCAGCUGUAUUGUGGUUUAUUACGCAAUGGCGCUAUAUACAACUGUGAAGUUCAUGUAUUCCUCAAUGAAUACGCGUCAUUUUCCAGUCCUCAUACCAUUUCUUCUGACUAUUAAAAUAUUAUUAAGUAAAGAUCGGGGUUCUGUUCCUCAGCUCUGGCUUACACAGAGAGUUUUAGAUGGCUUUUUGUUACCUGUUUGUUUUUUUUUUCAUUGGGAAGCUUGGAUUGACGAUAGUUCAGCCAGUGAAAGUGAUAUGACAGUCUUAACAUCCAAAGACAAUAUAAGGCAGUGCGUUCAUAUGUUUUGGAUGAAUUAACAAAAUAUUUUAAAAAUCUUGAAGCCACUUUAAAGACAAUUCAUUGUUAAAUUCCUAACUUAAAAUAUUUCCUUUUUGGCAAGUUGUAUUUAGCAGAUGUACAGGGUCAUUUACUGGCCAUGUAGCUGAACAUUUAUCCCAUGGGAUCUGCAACUCACAACUGACAAUGUUUCUGCAGUGAGUAGAUUAUGAAAUUGCUGUCCAAAGGAACACAAUUAAAGCUAUUCUAUAUAAAAUUGUAGUUUAUAAACAGUGGGCCAGAUUCUAUGAUGGUUUUCUAAACAUUAGACCUGGUUAAAAUAAUUUCCUCUGCUUGAGAACUAAUAGGGCAGCGUGGCCCUACACCUAGAUAUUACCUUGAGAAAUCCUCUUAGCCCUAGAUUGUGUACGUGAUGAGCAAGAGUAGCUCCUGAAGCACGCCCUGGCUGGGAUCACAUGUUUCAGGCUGCUCUGCUGGACCCAGGUGCACUGGGUAUGGUGGGGUGGGAGGUGGCUCUGGGGCUCCAGCAGGCGUCCAUACACAGCAUGCUGGUGCUGGCUUUCUGCAAAGAGAAGCAAUGUUACUGGUUUUUCUCUAGGUUUGAAGGCUUAUUCUGGAGUUGAUAGUUGGGGUUGUCAUCUUCAGUGCCCCUUGCUUUUAAAAUAAUUUUUAACACAUACUUGUGAGAGCGAAAAUUGCAAACAGGAGGAAUGGUGGCUGUAGGAGCAACGAGGUGGUGACGGUUACUUGAGAUGUGCACAGGCCCUUAGCUUAUAGUUCAGUUUGACUGCAAAUCUUCUGAAUCCAGUUUGGUCUCAGUACUAUGGGCUCCUCUGAAACCUCUCCCAAUCACUGUACCGAUACGGCUCUAACAUUCUCAAAAUAAUAUUGCUAAUUUCAGUAAUGAGGGCUUUCCUGAGUCAUUUUUGCUUUAAGAAUAUCUUGAAAGUGACUGGUAGAUUUUGUUGCCCGAGUUCAGCACUUGUGAAGCUUGGCCUUGAUUCCAUGGUCUUCAUUUGUUUAAAGCAAAAGUAGACACCACGAAGAAGAAAAAGAAUCAGACGCAGAUUGUGUAAAGUGUCAGUUAUACUAAUCUGUUUUCUCUCCUAAAAGUCAUUACUAUAAAAUUGAGUUACAUUCCCCAGUUGGUUUUAAUGCAAGUUUAGAUACAUGAGGCUGCAGUUGCCUCUCCUUCCUUCAAACCUGACUUCUCCAAAGAGUAUCAGGACUGCAAGGCACUGCAAUGUGGCCAGCUCUAACUUGGGGGAAAAAAUGAGGCCAAAAGAGAGUACAUUCCUUCACCGGCAGUCAUCUGAAUAAUGUUUGUUGGGUUGCUAUUCAAAUCCAGUCUAUUUUACAAAGAAAAAUAAAGGUACAUAUGUCUUUAAAAGUACAGGGACAUUUUAAUAAUGUUGUAAAAUCCAUGUAAGGUAUUAAUUUAAAAAAAAAACAGCUGAAGAUUCUACUCAGCAUCAAAACCUUUGUUAAGCUGGAGACAGAGAUGUUUUUCCUGGUGCACAAUCCAUUUCAGAAGUCCAGAGAUACAUUCCAAGCGAAUCCAUGCAGAAGGUUUGGGAGAAGGUAGAAAUUAUUUGGAGACUAAUAAGAGUGCGUCAUUCAUUUCAUGAUUCAUAGCCAAUUCCUUUGAAGGUGGUGAAGCUGGGAGUAGCAUGGGCUCGGUCUGUGGUACUUCCAGGCUUGCAUUCUGCCCCAGGUUUCUUGGCAGUGAGUUACUCUGUGGGCUGGGCCCUACAGACACCUGCUGCUGGGCACAGUGCUAUUACUGUCUUGUCCGAGAGUCAGUACGGUCAGGUCUGACCAUAAAUGUCACAUACUGCUUAUCAUAUGCCUUACAAAUGUUUCCUGAAGUACAAAAUAAAAUAAGCUGAAUGCCAGAGUCCCCUUUGAUAUUACUUCUGCUCUGCGUAAGCAGUAGCAAAUCAAUAUAGUGAGAAAACACAUUGUACAAUACAGAAUAAUAUAUUUUGCCAAUCGUGUAAAAACAGAGCAAGGGAAAAGAAGCACAUUUGUAAUAGCACAAAUUUACAGUAAUUCCACUGUUGCAUUUGGCAUUGUGUUUUUAAAAAAAAAUAGGUAGAUAUUUUGAUCCAGCGUUAAUGUAUUUAUUGCAUUUUCGAUCCGUUUAACUUGUUGCCUGAUAUUUAAGCAUUUUCCUUCUAAGGCCUUGCAUUUUGCAUAUGACUUGAUUUUUCAAUAACUUCUAUUCCUUCCGUAUUAACUAAUGAGGAAAGAACCUUUUAAAAUUACAAAAUACCCUGUCUUCAUUUCUGCUGACUUCCUCCUCAGAACUGAAAUUCCAUAAAAACAAGCAAACUUCUAAUUCAGUGCAUAGAUUUUGGCGUCUGACUGAUGAAUGCAGCACUCCUACCCGAGCAGCCCAAGGUCUGGAAGGUCUGGAAUGAAAUUUCCCAGCGAGCUCUUGGGGCCGUAACGCUGCACGCCGCUGUGUGCCAGGUCAGGGACGUGGGGGAGAGAAGAACGUUGCGCCCAUAUUGCUGUGGGAGGGUCAGCCCUAAACUGCCACUGAUAAUGCUGUGAAUUCACAGCUGAAAGGACAGCGGGGUUAGGAAAUGCCUGCUCAGGGCCAGGGUGUGCUGCUAUUCGAAGCAGGUCUGAUUCUCCUCUCGUGCAGACAAAGUCGGUGAAAUUGCACAAGAACGGCGUGGGAAGAGAAUCGGACAAAGUGCAAUUCUAUGUGUGCACGAGAAGCAGAGGGGUAAAUAAAGGUGAAUACUGUUCAAACUGCAAACCGUGGACCUUGGGCUUUUCAGUUCCCAGAAAAUCUGUUUCUCACCCGAACUAGUUCCCAGCGCCAGCUUGGCAGUGCUUCCAGCCCAGCCGGGAGCCAGUUCGGAGUCACUUUGGUAAAGACAUGGCUGCCUUUACUCAAAAAUGAGACCCACAGAUUUAUGUUUCCUGUUCUGCUGAUUUGCCCCUUUCGGUUUUUACUUAUAGAUACUGUAUGUGUAGCAUUCUACAAGGCAUGCUGGGUAAAAUAUACUAUGCAAAUGUGUACAGUGUUGCAUGCUUUGCUCUCCCUCUGCUUUUAGUGGCUUUCAAAGAAAAAAAAAAAUGUGUUGUUAUUUUUGUGAUCAGAAUCAUUUAAAAAAGAAAAUGCAGACUGCAUGCUGUUAGUAUCCUCAUUUCUAUGGAUUUGUUUUACGGAAUUUAGAUGUACAAAAAUGAACUGCAUUACAGUAACUUUUCUACAAUAAAUCAAAAACUACAAACAGCA